AUGCUCUCUUCAGCCGAGUGCAGCACAUGGUAUGCUGUAUUCCUUACUAUAUAUGUUGCUGUAGUUGCAGUGAACCUCCUAUCAAUUGUCCUUUUUAUAAAGAACAGUAAUCUUCGCACUCGUGCCAUGUACUUGGUUAUAAACUUGACCGUGGCUGAUAUGUUUGUUGGAGGAAAUGCCACUUUCUUUGUAGUAUUUUAUUUCCUCCUCUACGGCUGCGAACCUAGAAAUAGACUUUUGAUCUGGGAGGAAUUGCCACCUAUUUUGUUUGUACUUACCGUUACCGGGUUGUGGUUCCUUCUCACCUCUGUAACAGGCAUUGCAGUAAUUUCUUUAGAUCGCAUGCAUGCGACGUUUCGUCCAUUCAGGCAUCGCAACAUCAAAAAUUGGGCCUACGGGGUAACAAUUGCGGGCGUCUGGACUUUAUCUGCUAUGAUAGUAAUUCCCUUUCCGUUAAUACGUCUCUAUGGGAACUUGCAACAACAGUGGCAAUUGCUAUUUCCUUGGUACUUAUGGCUCUCAUAUUGCUGCCUUUGCCUUAUUGUUAUCUGUGUUUCGUACACCUCCAUUGCUUUAAAAUUUUGGUGUGGAACCCAUCCUCCGUCACAUGGUGCAGCCAAUAGACAAAGAAAACUGACUGUGACAUUAUUCAUAAUGACCAUUGUAUCUUUGCUGCUGUGGUUACCAUUUGUUGUAUAUACUUUUGUUCUCCGUUCUGGUCUAGUUAGAUUUUCUUUCCUGACACAUUUACGCUUGAGAUUUUUUUUUACUCUUGUAUACCACACAAACUCGCUUGUUAAUCCCAUUAUUUACACAAUCAGAAUGCCAGAGUUCAGAAGAGCUCUCCUGAUAUUAUUUAAACGUCGACAAAGACAAAAUGCUGCUAUUCCUCUUCAAGCCCGUUAA